CUUGUGUUUGCUGAGACUUGUGCUAAGCUAACGCUUAUUUACGCUUUUCCCUGCGAAAUUAUUUGUAAUCCAAAACAUAACAUUAGUAAUUUGUAAACAUGGAAGGAUUUGAUGAUCCCGGUGUUUUCUUUUCCGACAAUUUUGGCGUCGAAGAGAAUGAAUCUCAAGAUCAACUUAACCUACAAGCAGUAAAAAAGAAGUUCAAAGAAUUCAUUAGACAGUUUCACACCGGCAACUUUAAUUACAAAUACAGAGAUGCUUUAAAACGCAACUACAACUUGAGCAACUACUGGGUUGAGAUAAAUAUUGAAGACUUAUCCAGCUUCGACGAAGUUUUGGCAGAGAAAUUAUAUAAGAAACCCACCGAACAUUUACCCAUACUUGAAGAAGCUGCUAAAGAGUUAGCUGAUGAGCUGACUGCUCCCAGACCUGAGGGGGAAGAGAAAGUGGAAGACAUACAAGUUCUAUUGACUUCUGAUGCACAUGCUGCUAAUUUGAGAGAGCUCAAAUCUGAAACAGUAUCUAGGCUGGUCAAAAUUCCUGGUAUAGUAAUAUCCGCAUCAGGCAUCAAAGCAAAGGCUACAAAGAUAUCAAUCCAGUGCAGAUCAUGUCGCAACAUCAUCCCGAACUUACCAGUCAAGCCUGGACUCGAAGGAUAUGUCAUGCCCAGGAAGUGCAACACGGAACAAGCUGGUCGACCAAAGUGCCCAUUAGACCCUUACUUCAUCAUUCCAGACAAAUGCAAGUGCAUUGAUUAUCAGGUACUGAAACUGCAAGAAGCCCCAGAGAGCAUACCGCAGGGAGAGAUGCCGCGCCAUCUGACGGUAUACUGCGAACGCGUGCUGUGCGAGCGCGUGGCUCCCGGCGCUAGAGUCACUGUGCUCGGCAUAUACUCUAUUAAGAAGAUUGCUAAAAUUGGACGAGAAGGCCGCGACAAAGGCUCGGUAGGUGUCCGCUCGUCCUACCUCCGCGCAGUCGGUCUAACAGCUGAGGAGGGCGUCACUGGAGGGUUGAAACCCUUCACCGCUGAGGAAGAGGAGCAGUUCCGAAGAUUGGCAGCCUCGCCCGACAUAUACGAGCGUAUCGCUAUGUCGAUAGCGCCCAGCGUGUUCGGAGCUGUGGACAUGAAGAAAGCUAUCGCCUGUCUUUUGUUUGGAGGAUCUCGAAAAAGACUGCCAGACGGUCUGACCCGCCGAGGAGACAUCAACAUAUUGCUUCUGGGUGACCCUGGUACUGCUAAGUCACAACUGCUGAAGUUUGUGGAGAAAGUGUCGCCUAUUGGCGUGUACACCUCAGGCAAAGGGUCCAGUGCCGCUGGUCUUACUGCUUCUGUUAUCAGGGAUCCUGGCAGCCGUAACUUCGUAAUGGAGGGAGGCGCGAUGGUCCUCGCUGACGGCGGUGUCGUAUGCAUAGACGAGUUCGACAAAAUGCGCGAAGACGACCGAGUCGCUAUACACGAAGCUAUGGAACAGCAAACUAUCUCUAUUGCUAAGGCUGGCAUUACUACGACUUUAAACUCUCGCUGCUCAGUCCUGGCAGCUGCUAAUUCAGUGUUCGGUCGAUGGGACGACACAAAAGCCGAUGACAAUAUUGACUUCAUGCCAACUAUUCUAUCAAGAUUCGACAUGAUAUUCAUUGUUAAGGAUGAACACGAUCAAAACAGGGACAUUACGCUAGCGAAGCACAUAAUCUCAGUGCACAUGGGCGGCGACAGUGCUGAACGCGAGAGCGCGGCGGGCGAGCUGCCGCUGGCGCUGGUGCGGCGCUACGCGGCGUACUGCCGCGCGCGCUGCGGGCCGCGGCUGGGCGCGGGCGCGGCGGAGCGGCUGCGCGCGCGCUACGUGCUCAUGCGCACCGGCGCGCUGCACCACGAGCGACAGAUCGACAAGAGACUCUCUAUACCUAUUACUGUUAGACAACUAGAAGCCAUAGUACGAAUUUCAGAAUCUCUAGCCAAGAUGCAGUUACAGCCUUUCGCCACAGAAGUGCAUGUCACUGAGGCACUCAGAUUGUUCCAAGUUUCUACGUUAGAUGCAGCCAUGACUGGAAGUUUAGCUGGCGCCGAAGGAUUUACCUCCGAAGAAGAUCAUGAAAUGCUAUCUCGCAUUGAAAAGCAACUAAAGCGCAGGUUCGCAGUCGGUUCUCAAGUCUCUGAACAAACAAUCAUUCAGGACUUCUUAAAACAAAAGUAUCCCGAGAGAGCCAUUAUAAAAGUUAUCCACACCAUGAUAAGACGUGGAGAGUUACAACAUAGGUUGCAGAGAAAAAUGCUUUACAGGCUCUCAUAACUCUUUUUUCUAUUACUAUUUUCGUUAUUGUCGUUUAAUCUCAACACUUUUUUGUACAACCCUUGUGUAAUCUUUAAAAUAAAAAACAAUUUUUCAAGUUUUCA